AUGAGAAAACUUCUGUUUGCUGAAUAUUUCUUUUUUAUUAACACCUUUCAUUCAGUGAAGUUGGAAACCGAACCGAGCACCAUGUCAAAGCUGGAGCAAUUGGCAAGAAUGAAGGUCGCAGAACGUCCAUCGCACCUUGUCGAGAAAACGGGUGAUGAUUCAAAUAGUACCCCAAAUAAAGGCAUUUCGCUAUUGUCGAAACUGAAGAAGAAUGGCACUUCAAGUUUAUCUACGGAGAUGCGGCAACCACUUUCUCUUUCUGAUAGACUAAAAGCAAAGAGGAUUAACGGUUCAAAUAGCGCUGCACCUUCAAGCACAGCAAGAACCGAUACAGCAAAUAAUGGAAAGGGUUCGUUGCACGACAAAUUACGAGCCAUGCGAAGCAAAGCAGAGAUAAAAAAAGUGGCUUCUAAGGCGCAAAGUAAGCCCUUGGUGAACGAUGCGCCGAGAGACCCGCCAACCUCAUCUUCAUUGCCGACUUCUUGGGACCAAAUACGAUUUUUCUUGUCGAAGCAAAACUUUCCGUCGUCGGUUAUUCCAGUAAGUGACAGUGUGUUGGGAAUUAUAGAAGCUGUAACUGUGCCAUGCAAACAGAAUGCUCGAUGUAAAAAGCUGCAGAAGAGAAAAUAUGGAGAGAUAUUCAGUGUGUUCUACCCCGACGUACUUGUAAAUACUAACAAAAGAAAAGCUACUUCCAAAACUGCUGCUGCUAACUUCAAAAAGCCCAGUCCAGAUGAUGUUGUAAUAAAUGCGCAAAACAAGGCCCUCACUCGAGUCAAUGAAAUGGUCUCUGGGCUGAAAAUCUCCGAAAACAAGCAUUCAGCUGGUGAAGAAUGGCACGACAGCGAUCCAGAAACAUUGGAUAAUGACGAUGGACCUCCCAAAUAUUCAUAUAAGAGGGUUUCUAUUCCAACAAAGCCCACGAACCCGGUAGACAUUCAAAAAUAUCUCGAAACUUCCAAGGCACAUUGUAGUUUUGUUGUAUUGGGUCAUGUUGAUGCUGGUAAGUCUACGUUAAUGGGGCGUUUAUUGUAUGACGUCGGUGCAGUUGAUAACAAUCAUAUCAGAAAAUUGAAAAAGGAAAGCGAAAGGAUCGGUAAGGGAUCUUUCCAUUUCGCCUGGGUUAUGGAUCAAACGCAAGAAGAAAGAGAACGCGGUGUUACUGUUUCAAUAUGUCCUAGUGAUUUUGAGACCGCGAAUACACAAUUCACUAUCGUUGAUGCCCCAGGUCAUAGUGAUUUUGUCCCAAACGCAAUCGCUGGUAUAUCUCUAGCUGAUAUAGCCCUCCUUUGCGUUGAUUGUGGCACAGACGCCUUUGAAUCCGGAUUCAACUUGGAUGGCCAAACGAAGGAGCAUACGAUAUUGGCAAGAAGUAUGGGAGUUAAUCGAAUCGUCGUUGCUAUGAAUAAAAUGGAUACCGUGGAGUGGUAUUAUGGACGCUUCGAUCAAAUAAAAAAUGAGUUAUCGACUUUCUUCAAGGACGUUGGCUUUAAAGAAGACCAGAUUGACUGGGUACCUUGCAGUGGUCUUUCUGGUGAGGGUGUGUAUAAAAUUGCAUAUCCCGAGAAUGCUUCUUGGUACAAAGGGCCAACGUUGAUUGAAAAGUUAGAAUAUGUGGCCCAACACAUCAGUAACUCCUAUCAUAAUGAAGUUAUCGGCUCUCCAUUCCUUUUUUCCAUUUUAGAAGCUAUUCCCACCAAUAAGAAUGAGGAAGCCAUAAUAUCUGGAAGAGUAGAAUCUGGAUCAAUUCAACCGGGCGAGACCAUUACAAUCUACCCGUCUGAGCAAAGCGCCGUGGUUAGUAAAAUUUUGGUUGGUAAUGACGCAAAAUCUUCACAUAUUGUUGUUAAGGGAGACUUUGCUACGUUGAGACUUCGCCAUGCACACGUGGAAGAUAUCGAAACAGGAGAUUUGGCGGGCGCAGUUGAUUACGAUGUUCCCGUAAUGCGCGAAUUCUCCACUCAACUUCUCACCUUCAAAAUGGAUAGGCCUAUAUUGCCAGGCACAUCAUUCAUGCUUUUCAGAGGUAUCUGUCAACAGCCCGCUAGAGUAUCAAAACUGGUUUCAAUUAUCGAAAAGCAAGAUCCCAGCAAAGUAAUCAAGAAAAAAGUCAGACAUUUGGGUUCAAACCAAGCCGCAAUUGUCGAGAUAGAGUUGACAGAACGGAAAAGAUAUAUACCAAUCUUGAAGAUUAAGGAGAAUAAGCGCCUCGGGAGAAUCCUUCUGAGGAAAGAUGGAAGAACUAUAGCAGCAGGUGCAGUCAUUUAA